AUGUUUAGCAUAGAAGAAUUUAUUAAACAAUAUUAGAAUCUUUCAAAUCCAGAUAAGAAUAUAAGUCAAGAAGCUAAUAAAUAUAUCCUUAAAUUGCAAUAAACUAGGGAAGCUUUCACUGUUGCCUAAUAAAUAUUAGAUUAAUAAAAUAUUUAAUAAGAAUAUUAAUUCAUAGCUUGUUAAUUGAUUUAUAGAAGAUUAAAGGAAGAAUGUGACAUUACCAUAUAACCUUAUCUUUUAAAUUUAUUAGGAAGACCACUAUCAAAUAUUGCCUUGAAUUAAGUUUGCUCAUCUUUUGCUGUCAUUAUUGUAGGUAACUCUCAGCUAUGGAAAGGGUAUCAGAGUAUUAUAUAUGCUUUUUAGAAUACUAUAGGAAUUAAUACAAUUAAUGAAGGUAAAAAUGCCAAUAGGAAUUGAAAUUCUGAAUUAAAUUGCAAUUUAAAGUAAAGAAUGCCAUUCAAAAAAGGAAUAAUAGAAAUUGCAACUAGAAUUCUAGACACAAGAAAGUAUACUUUCAGAAAUAUUUCUAAGUUUAUUGUGUGUCUAGGAUUUGAAUAUUUUUAAGUAAACAAUUUCAUGCAUUGAAUCAUGGGUCUAAUUUUCAUAUCGCUUAUUCAAAGAUUCAAAAUUGAUUCAACAAAUAAUUGUAUUAAUAUAACAUGCAUUGUAAAAUAAUGCACUUGAAUAUUCUGAUAAAUUGUUCUCUUUACUAUACGAAGCAGUUGUUUAUUCAUAAUAUAAUAAAAAUUAAAUUACCGAAGAUAUUGUAUAAUAAAAUUUAAUAUUAAUGCUCGAAUUUAUAUUAAAGAUUUAUAAUCCUUAAAUUUCAGUUAUGUUUGCAUCUUUUGCAACUAAAUUUAUAUGUGAUUUUUAUCCAAUCAUCUAAAAUACUUAAUAUGAAGAACCAAUAUUGAAUAUGAUGGUGAAUAUUGUAAAUAAUCCUUAAAGGAAAAUAGUAUUUUAGACUUUUGAGUUCUGGAGUUAAAUGAGACAGAAUAAUUUAAUUUAAGGUGUUGGGUUGAAAAUAUUAUAAUGUUUGAUUGAUAGAUGCAAAGUAAAAUCUAUUAAAUUAACUAAAUAAUCAUUAUUAGGAGAAUCUGAAGAUGAAGAUGACUAUUUUAAUAAAACAGAUUAUGAAAGUAAGGAUAAUAAUAUAUCUACUUCUGAUUUUAGAGAACAUUGUAAAGAAAUAUUCAUUAACAUAUAUAAAAAUGUUGAAUAAAUUAAUUAAACUAAUUCAUUUUUUUAAAUCAUCUUAUCAAAUUUGGUUAUUACGAAUCCUGAAUCUAUAGAAUAAAUUAUUAAAAGUGAAGCAGCAUUAUUUUGCCUAUGUUCAAUUAUUGAUGAAACAGACUUUUAAAUUAAUAAUUAAUUAGUUUUAUAAAUAAUUUAAUUUGUUCUUUAAUUGCCAAACAAUUAAAAUUAUGAUAUUAUUGUAAAGACAACCCUAUAGAUGUUUAGUGGAUUAACUAAUUAAAUAAAUUUAAAUAAUGAAUUAUUACUUUCAAUAACAAAAUACUUCUUUUAAUAUAUGCUUCAUCCUUUAUUGGGAUCCUUAGCUGGAGUGUAAAUAUUUAAUAUAAAUUAGUGCUUUUGAAUAAAUUAGUAAUAAUAGCGAACUUAUAAAUUAGCAAUUAAUUUCAGAUUGUGUAUUAUUCUUAGAACAACAUUUUAAUGAUUUUAUUAAUUAAUCUCAGUUAAAUUCUUUUGUUGAAGGCAUAUUAAAAUUAUGUUAUCGUAUUUAUUCAAAAGGUAACAUAGAUUGCAUAAUUUAGGUAUCUAUUUUAUUAAUAUAUUUAUAGUUAUUCAAUUUUGCAAAUAAUUAAUUUCAACUUUUAAAAAAUAUUAAUUUAUUGACUAAAUAACAAUUUACAUAUAUAAAUACAUUAAUUAUUGCUAUAUUAACAUGGAUUAAUUCUAAUAUUGAAGAGAUCAAUGCUUAAGUAAAAUAGAUAUCAGAUUUAUUAUGUUCUUCAAUAAGUGAACCAUUAAUUAAUCUAUUUAAAGAAUCAUAAAAUUUAUCAAAUAAUGAUGAACUCUAUUAAUUAGUUAGGAUGAUAAUGAAAGUAUCAAACUAUUAAAAUCAUUCAUAAUCUAUUAUAUAAUUACUCUAAAUUUCAUUUUAAAUAUUUUAUUAAAAUCCAACCUAAAAAUAUUAAUGGUUAUAAUUAAUUACUAUUGCAAUAGGAAGAUCUUAAGAAUAUUAAUUUAUUUCUUAAUGGACAAUAUAAAAUAGUUAAUAAAUUCAUUAAUUUUGCAUUGAAUAAUAUAAGCGUUGGAGAGAUUCAGAUUUAAUGAAGAUAUAUGUUGAAUUUGUAAAAGAAUGCACAAGAUAUUGUCAAUAAGCAUUAUUUUAAUCACCUUAUCUAUUUUUAAUAAUGGAAAUAAUUAGUGAAGCCUUUUUAACUUUAAACUCAUAUGAAAUGCAAAGAGAAAUUCUAAAUUUUUUUAAGUAAAUUUUGAUAUAAUUUUAUUAGAACUUUGUCUUAAUUUAUUGAAAAAGGAUAAGAUUAUUUCAAUUAAAUUGUAAUUUAAAUAAUUACUACUUUAUUUCUAAGCAUUUCAAUAAUUAAUCGCGCUAUUAUAUUUUAGAUUAUCUAAAUUUUAUAAUUUAUCUUAAAAAAAGAAAUAAGCAGUGAUGAACUUAAGGAACUUAUCUAUUAGACAUUGCUUAAAAGCUGGGGAGCUAAUAAAAGCCCAUAAUAAGUUCAACUUGUUAGUUAAGCUAUAUUACAUUAUUUAAAAAAAACAGGAGAUAAUGGUUUGAAUAGAGAAUUAAAAUUAUUAUUACAAAAUUUAAGAGAAAUGGGAGAGGAAGAGAUCGAUUAUAUGCAUUUGGAAAUAGUAAUAAAAUAAUGAU